AUGGAGUUCUUCAAUUUCGAGGCCGCCUCGAUCGACUCAGGCGCUUAUUUGGUUGAUGCCUCAGGCGAGGCUUCCGGAGGGAACAUUAAUGGCCCUGGAAUCAGUGAACAGUCAGCAUACAUCAAGGACGUCGACCGCGGCUCUGUUGAUGCAUCUGACUCUGAACACCAACCGUCCGUGGCGAUAGACAUUCCGACUUCGGAGCCUCGGGACAUCUGCUUCCCGCAGCAUGAUCAAAUCUCCCUAUCCAGCAUAGAGAAUGACGACCAGGAUGUCGACUCUUCGGGACCGGGCAAGAGAAGCCGCGCACGACUGCCAAAGCACGCAGUUCGGGUCUUGCGCAGCUGGUUGGCCAAUAAUUCAGAUGAUCCCUACCCCACGGGGGCCGACAAUCUCUAUCUGAUGGAGAAGACGGGUCUGUCAAAAACACAGAUUCGCAACUGGUUGGCGAACGCCAGAAAACGGAAACGCUUCCUUAACUCCUCCGCGUCCUCGGACGUGCAGUCCCACGAAGCCUCCAGUGGUCGGUCGAGCUUGGACAACAACUUGUCUUGGACACCGCUGGAACGAUGGCAAAACUCACCCCCGGAGGAUGAGCCCGCAUCGCUGUCGGAUGUCUACCAAGCGUUGGUUGAUCGACCCAGCGACUACGAGAUGGGAUCGAACCCCGCCGUGGGCUCUCCGUCCGAGGGCUAUGCGCAUCGCAAGUCCAGCAGCAUUUCGAGUUUUAAUAGUGACUUUAGCAUGACACGCGCUGCAUCCGCCCGCAGCUCGGACUCGAAUUACUCCUCGGCCUCGGAUCUUUCGCUUUCCGGCCUCUUCACGGAUCACUUAUCUAUCGGUCCGCGCCAGUCGCGACCACGGAGCAAAAGUCGACAGCGAUAUUCGAAGCGCCGCAGCUACAAGAAGAAACCGGCCGAGGACAAGGUGAAGGGAAAGAAACAGCGACCAUUCCGAUGCACCUUUUGCACACAGACCUUCACCACAAAAUAUGACUGGCAGCGACACGAGAAGUCCAUCCACUUGAACCUCGACCAGUGGGUUUGCGCUCCCCACGGGGCCACCAUGGUAGUCAACGAGGUCACUAUCUGCGUCUUCUGCGGUAUCACCGACCCCGACCUGGACCACACCGAGUCUCACGACUAUAGCAUCUGCCAAGGCAAACGCCCACAAGACCGAAUGUUCAACCGAAAGGACCAUCUUGCGCAGCAUCUGAAGCUCACGCACAGCACCGAGCUGCAACCAUACAUGGACAGCUGGUGCGUAUCGACACAAGAGGUGCGAUCCCGAUGUGGCUUCUGUGACUCGGUAUUCACCACCUGGAAAGAACGCAACGAUCACCUGGCCACCCACUUCAAAGCCGGCUGCGAUAUGUUCCAAUGGCACGGCGACUGGGGAUUUGAGCCCCAGGUCCAGGACCUCGUGAAGAACGCGAUGCCGCCGUAUCUCAUCGGCGAGGAAUCCGUGACUCUGGAGCCUUGGAGACCGACCUUCCUCCCGGAGGACUCGCAACUGGCGUUCGGGCACAAUUCGUGGGCGAAUAACCACCCCGAGGCGUUUCAGCUGCUGCACGAUCACCUCGUCGAGUAUAUUAUCCGGCAGAAACUGAACGGGUUUUUCCCGUCUGACCACAUGAUUCAGAACGAAGCCCGGAGACUCGUCUACGGGAGCGAAGAUGAUUGGGAUCAAACCUCAGCCGACAAUCUGGUCUGGUUGAAUAUCGUGAAAAACGACACUCGGAUAUAUGCGGUUGGGAAUCUCCCUGCCGACGCUCCAGUGAGCACUCAUCCGUCUUGA